AUGGAAGAAUUGGAACGAUUAUCCAAGAUGUAUUCAGGGAGAAUUCGUGGGGUUUUCUUUAUAUCAUAUUGCAUUCUCCAGUUAACAACUGCAGCUGAAACUUCAGCUCAAAUGCAGCCCCCGCGUUUCAGUAUGCAACCUUCAUCCUUAAAUAGCAUCGUUCGAGAGGGCACUACGAAAAUUUUACAGUGCUCGGCAGUGGGGAUUCCGCAGCCAAUCUACAGGUGGUUAAAAAAUGGCGUUCCACUGGGUGAAUUUUCGUCAGAAGUCUUCUACAAAAUUCACAAUACACAGCGUCAGGACGCGGGCGCCUACCAAUGCAUAGCAAAAAAUGACGUUGGAGCUAUUUUCAGUGAAAAGAACAACAUUGUCGUGGCGUAUAUGGGGGUGUUCGAAAACAACAUUGAACAAGAAGUUACAGUCGAGUCGGGCAAAGCUGCAAUUUUGAAUUUUCCGCACAUAGAGUCAGAACCACCUCCUUCAGUCAUAUGGCAGGACGAAAACGGCGAAAAUGGUGUAUUAAGAUAUGAUCAAAAAUAUGCCAUCACUGAUAAACAUGAACUGGUGAUUUUAUGUGCUUCUAAGGAUGAUGUAAGGUCUUACAGAGCUCGUGCCAUAAACACUCAAUUAGGAAAAGUAGAAAAUAGCCCAUAUAUAAAACUGAAUGUUUAUGGAGACGAUAAUAAAGAAAUAGCACCAGAAAUAAUUAUAAAACCGCAAGAUACAAAGAUUAUUAAAGGUCAGGAGUAUAGAAAUAUUUUUUGCAUAGCUAACGCGAGGCCACUGCAUGAAUUAGAGACAUUAUGGUUUAAAGACGGUGUACUUAUUGAUUUAGCUGGAAUCACGUACGAUUUGAACGACCAAUGGAAUAGAACACUUAGUCUUAUAUCUGCCAACUUGACGCAUACGGGGCAGUAUACUUGUCAAGCUAGAUUAAAAACUGGAGGGUUCGCGACUGUAACGGCUUCAGCUACAGUUACUGUAUACGAAAAACCAACUAUGUUAUCUAAUCUUAAGUCUGAAACCUAUGGUGAAUUUGGAAGCACUAUAGUAUUGGAAUGCAACGUGGAAGGUAUACCAUUACCUAGUAUCACAUGGUAUAAGGACGCCAAGAAGAUUGCGAGCGUCGGUGCUGAGGCAGGAGAGGCUGACAAUAGCGAUGUGGAUGACGGAGCAGGCAGGUAUAGAGUGGAAGUCGACCGGUCGCUUAUCAUUAGCAAUUUGAAAAUGGAAGAUAUGGGAAUAUAUCAAUGCAUCGCAAGUAACGAAGCUGGCGAGUCAUCUAUAUACACUUGGUUGAAAAUUAAAACGUCCCCGCCAGUAAUGCAGAGCGCCCCAUCGAACCUCACUGUGCUGGACGGAAAAGACGCCACCAUCACCUGCCGAGCUAUCGGCGCGCCCACUCCAAACGUCACCUGGUACUUCAACGAUUCACUAAUAAUAAAGCUGUCUGGCAGGCUGCAAGCCUUGGAUGAAGGAGAUCUGCUAAUUACUAGUACGACUACUGCCGAUAGCGGGAAGUACACCUGCAUCCGCGCGAAUGAUGCAGGAAAUGUUUCUGGAGAAGCUUACCUUACUGUACUCGUGAGGACUCAGAUAAUUGCACCGCCAGUUGACACCCGUGUGCUGUUGGGUCACACGGCGACUUUACAAUGCAAAGUAUCCAACGACCCUAACGUGAAAUACAAUAUCGACUGGUUCCAUAACAAACAGCCGAUGACGGCGGGCUCGCGCGUGUGGAUAACGGGCGAGGGCGCGCUGCAAGUGCAGGCGGUGCGCGCCAGCGACGCGGGCGAGUACACGUGCGUGGUGACGUCGGCCGGCGGCAACCACACGCGGCGCGCGCUGCUGUCCGUCAUCGAGCUGCCGUUCGCGCCCACCAACGUGCGCGCCGCGCGCCUGCACGCCACGCAGCGCGCCGUCAACGUGUCCUGGACGCCCGGCUUCGACGGCAACUCGCCCGUGCACAAGUUCAUCGUGCAGCGCCGCGUAGUGCCCGAGUUCGGUCCCACACCAGACCCAUUGCUUAACUGGGUGACGGAGCCGUUGAAUGUGUCGGCAAAUCAACGUUGGGUUCUACUGACGAGUUUAAAAGCGGCCACCUCUUAUCAAUUUCGUGUGUCUGCGGUAAACUCUGUUGGUGAGGGCACACCUUCGGAUCCUACGGACGUGUUGACUUUGCCACAAGAAGCUCCUUCCGGCCCACCUCUGGGUUUUAUGGGAUCAGCGCGAUCUUCUUCAGAAAUCAUAACGCAAUGGCAACCACCGCUUGAAGAACAUAGGAACGGUCAUAUUUUGGGAUAUGUGAUAAGAUAUAGAUUGCGAGGGUACGACAACAGCCCAUGGACGUAUCAAAAUAUCACCAACGAAGCACAAAGAAACUAUCUCAUACAGGACUUGAUCACCUGGAAAGAUUACAACGUACAAAUCGCGGCCUAUAACGAUAAAGGAGUGGGUGUGUUCUCAGACAGUUACACGAUAAAAACUAAAGAGGGCGUGCCGGAAGCUGCACCCGACAGUGUUCGAUGUGAAGCUUAUAAUUCCACUGCUAUAUCGGUGUGGUGGACACCGCCUAAUCCGCAGAAAAUCAACGGCAUUAAUCAAGGUUACAAAAUCCAAGCAUGGCGCUGGGAAGAAAACGAGGGUGCUAAUGUAGAACAGAAAAUAGUCAGCAUCCCACCUAACCUGUUGGACCCUUUGACUGAGCAGUCGGCCAUCAUUGGUGGUCUUGAGAAAUUCACAGAGUACAACAUAUCAGUGCUUUGCUUUACUGAACCUGGUGAUGGACCAAGAAGCGAUUAUGUUUUAGUCAGAACUAAGGAAGAUAUCCCGGACGAAGUGGGAAGUCUACAAUUCGACGACAUAUCAGACCGUGCCGUUCGUGUAUCUUGGACUCCUCCAAAGAAGUCUAACGGGAUACUUAUUGGCUACAAGCUCUCGUAUCAAGUCAAAGACAAUAACGAAACCUACAAAGAAGAAAUCCUGCCUCCGAACAUUACUAGUAUUAGAGUGGAACAUUUACAGGCGAGCACGACGUACGCGCUGUGGCUGAGCGCGCUGACGGGCGUGGGCGCGGGCGCGGCGCGCGGCGCCAGCAUGCAGUCGGGCGUGGAGCCCGUGCUGCCCGCCGCGCCGCGCAACCUCGCGCUCUCCAACAUCGCCGCCGCCUCCGUGCUGCUGCAGUUCACGCCCGGCUUCGACGGCAACUCCUCCAUAUCGCUCUGGACCGUACAGGCACAAACCGCUCGCAACUCUUCUUGGGUAACAAUCUACGAAGUGAAUGAUCCGGACGCCGAGUCUAUACUUGUCACAGGCUUAGUUCCUUUCACAACUUAUCGACUGAGACUAAUCGCUACUAACGUAGUUGGAUCUUCACCACCUUCGGAGCCGUGCAAAGAGUUUCAAACAAUACAGGCACCGCCGCAACACCCGCCACGGAACGUGACCGUCCGUGCCGUCAGCGCUAAUAACUUACGAGUUAGAUGGAUUCCCUUACAACAAAGUGAGUGGUAUGGUAACCCCAAAGGUUAUAAUAUUACUUACAAACGAAGCGGCAGCAACGAUACUCUCUUUAGUAUAAUUGAAGACCACACGGCAAACUCGCACGUAUUGUCCAACCUUGAGGAAUGGUCUGUGUAUGAAAUUCGCAUGACGGCAAUUAACGAAGUUGGAGUGUCAGCGGAAAGUCCCACAGCGGUGGAAAGAACAAGAGAAGCUGUGCCUUCCUGCGGUCCGAGCAAUGUUUCUGCGAACGCGACCUCAUCAACAACAGUCGUCGUCCUUUGGGGAGACAUUCCGGUCCAAGAUCAAAACGGUUUAAUUGAAGGAUAUAAAGUAUGUUAUGCUGCAAUUGUUCCACCACCUAGACCAGAACAUCAGAAAGUGGAGUGCCAAUCAAUUCCUUCAAAUCAGACCCACACUGUGACGUUAACGGAACUAAGGAAAUAUGUUGUGUAUCAGAUCCAGGUGUUAGGAUAUACAAGGUUGGGGGAUGGAGCUUUAAGUGACCCACCCGUGACUGUCAGAACUUUUGAAGAUACACCGGGUCCGCCGUCUAACGUGUCAUUCCCCGAUGUGACAUUUACGACAGCACGCAUAAUUUGGGACGUCCCAGAGGACCCUAACGGAGAAAUAUUAGCUUACAAAGUCACCUAUCAUCUCAACAGCUCCACGCAGCACAUGUUCUCUAGAGAAUUUCUUCCUUCUGACAGGACUUUCAGGGCGACGGAGCUGAUGCAGGAGCGGUACUACGUGUUCUGGGUGGCGGCGCAGACGCGGCUGGGCUGGGGCGGCGUGGCGCGCGCGCUGGUGCUGACGACGCAGAACCGCGCCGCGCCCGCGCCGCCCGCGCGCCCCAACGUGGCGCGCUCGCUGCUGCAGCCGCACCACAUCACCUUCUCCUGGACGCCCGGCGACGACGGCUACGCGCCGCUCAGAUACUACACAGUGCAACAAAAGGAAGAAGGUGGAACUUGGCAAACACUUCCCGAACGCGUGGAUCCAUUUGCCACAUCAUACACAGUGGAGGGAUUGAAGCCAUAUACCGGCUACCAAUUCAGGAUACGGGCCACUAAUGAUAUUGGACCAAGCCGCUACAGCAACGCCACCGAAAUAGUCCGCACUUUACUUGCUGCCCCAAGCAAAGCUGUGGAAAAUCUGCGAGUAGUGCCAAUCACACCAAGCAGCGUACGUGUACAGUGGUCACCAUUAGGAGAGCAGCACUGGAGCGGCGACACACGGACGGGUGGUUAUCGAGUCUUCUACCAGCCUCUCACCGACUUUCCCACUUCUCUGCAGCACACUAUGAAGCAAGAGGUGCCUGGCAUAAAGAGCGAGGAAGUGGUGCUGACGGACUUGGCGUUGGACCGUAACUACGAGAUCAGCGUAUGCGCGGUGAAUUCACAAGGUGCGGGGCCGGGCGGAACUCCAGCCGUGGUGUGGGUGGGCGAGGCUGUGCCAACGGCGCCGCCGCGUGACGUCACCGCCGACGCGCUCUCGCCCACCGAGGUGGCGCUCACCUGGAAGCCGCCCGCGCUCGCGCAGCAGAACGGGGACCUGCUCGGAUACAAGAUAUUUUAUUUAAUGACUGACUCCCCGGAGGAACCCGAGCCGGGACGGCGAGUGGAGGAAGAAAUCGAAGUAGUCCCGGCCACUGCAACAUCACACUCAUUAGUUUUUCUUGACAAAUAUACGCAAUAUCGUAUACAGGUUCUAGCGUUCAACCCGGCGGGCGACGGGCCCCGAUCCAGUGCGCUCCAGGUGCGGACCCACCAGGGCCUGCCGUCAGCGCCGCGCAACAUCACAUUCUCCGACAUCACUAUGAACAGCCUUGUGGUGGCCUGGCUACCGCCGCACAGGCGCAACGGACUCAUAACUUCUUAUCUCGUCACCUACGAAACUAUCGAGCAGGACGAGCGAUACAGCAAGCAAGUGAAGCAGAAGGUGACGGAGGAGCGGCUGGCGGUGGGCGGGCUGGAGGAGGAGGUGGAGUACCGGUUCUGGGUGCGCGCGGUGACGCUGGGCGCGGGCGCGGCGGCGGCGGCGCGCGCGCGCACGGGCCCGCAGGCCGGCUCGCCCGCGCCGCCGCGCGCGCUGCGCCUGCGCAGCGACCCCGCCGCGCUGCACCUGCGCUGGGACAACGCCGCCUCCGGCCGCGGCCCGCUGCUCGGAUACUACAUCGAGGCCAGGAAGAAAGAUGACACAAGAUGGGAGACGAUAACAAGGACAAGCAAUGGAAUGUUAGAAGAAUUCACAAUAUCAUACCAAAGCCUCCUGCCCUCGACCGCCUACUCCUUUAGAGUUAUCGCAUACAAUAUGUACGGCAUAAGCAACCCAACGUACAGCGACAAAGUGAUCGUGACUCCUUCGAAGUUAUACCUGGAGUACGGCUACCUGCAGUACCGACCGUUCUACAGAAGAACUUGGUUCAUGGUGGCGCUGGCGGCGGCCUCCAUCAUCAUAAUCAUAAUGGUUAUCGCCAUACUUUGCGUGAAGAGCAAGAGCUACAAAUAUAAAAAAGAAGCGCAAAAGACGCUGGAGGAGUCGCUGGCGGGCGAAACGGACGAGCGCGGGUCGCUGGCGAUGGAGCUGUACCGGUCGCGGCAGAACUCGGCCGGCAGCGCGGGCGCGGGCGCGCUGGCGGGCGGCGGCGGGGGCGGGGGCGCGGGCACGCUGCGGCGCGGGCGCGCGGCCGCGGGCGCGCUGGGCAAGGCGCCGCCGCGCCCCUCGCCCGCCUCCGUCGCCUACCACAGCGACGAGGAAAGCCUGCGCGCCUACGACGAGAACCCCGACGACUCCUCUCUCACCGAGAAGCCCUCCGAGAUCAGCUCCUCCGACUCGCAGAAUUCAGAGAGCGAGAACGAGAGCGUGCGUUCGGAGCCGCACUCGUUCGUGAACCACUACGCGAACGUGAACGACACGCUGCGGCAGUCGUGGAAGCGGCAGCGGCCCGUGCGCAACUACUCCAGCUACACGGACUCGGAGCCCGAGGGCAGCGGCGUGGUCAGCCUCAACGGCGGCCACAUCGUCAUGAACAACAUGGCGCGCUCGCGGGCGCCGCUGCCCGGCUUCUCCUCCUUCGUGUGA